UUAAAAACAAUUACAUGCGGCUGAAGCGCGCAGGCGGGAGACUCUGCAGGAUCCGCGGCCCUGAGCAUCUGAGCGCUCUUCAAGUCUCCGAUUAAAUUUUAAAAAUGGCCUCCAAUAAAACUACAUUGCAAAAAAUGGGAAAGAAACAGAAUGGAAAGAGUAAAAAAGUUGAAGAGGCAGAGCCUGAAGAAUUUGUGGUAGAAAAAGUACUGGACCGUCGUGUAGUGAAUGGGAAGGUGGAGUAUUUCCUGAAGUGGAAGGGGUUCACAGAUGCUGAUAAUACUUGGGAACCAGAAGAAAAUUUAGAUUGUCCAGAAUUAAUUGAAGCAUUUCUUAAUUCUCAAAAAGCUGGUAAAGAAAAAGAUGGUACAAAAAGGAAAUCUUUAUCUGACAGUGAAUCUGAUGAUAGCAAAUCGAAGAAGAGAGAUGCUGCUGACAAGCCCAGGGGCUUUGCCAGGGGCCUUGACCCUGAGCGAAUAAUCGGUGCCACAGACAGCAGUGGAGAGCUAAUGUUUCUCAUGAAAUGGAAGGACUCAGAUGAAGCUGACUUGGUGCUGGCAAAGGAGGCGAAUAUGAAGUGUCCUCAGAUUGUCAUCGCCUUCUAUGAGGAGAGGCUGACUUGGCAUUCUUGUCCCGAAGAUGAAGCACAAUAAUUGUUUGCAUUUAUAUAUAUAUAUUUAUAUAUAUAUAUAUAAUCUGGAUCUUGGGUUUUGAAUUACUAGUGUGGAAAAAAUAGCAUUCUAAUGAAAAUCAAGUUUGAUAUGCUGGUUUUGAAAGUAUUGACAGUAGUUGGGAUAUUUUUGGUUUUUGUUCUGCAUCAAAAGGCACUGAUUCCUUUGAGCAAGUGAGAGCUUUCUGUAGUUGCUUCCUUUAACAGUAGAAUAUUUGAUACCAUGUUGUAUUUCCUCAGCUUUGAAGAACAGCUUUUCUUAAUUGCUGGGGAGAUUUUACAGUCAUUACUCAAGUCAGAACUUAUUUUUAACUGGGACACAGAAGGACCAUUCUGGGUUUUUUUGUUUGUUUGUUCGUAUGCAGUGUAUGCAUAAAACACUUACAUAACCAAAAAAAAAAAAAAAAAACAAUUACAUGCAAUAAAGUAUUUAAGUUAUAUUGAACAUAUAACUUAAAACAAAAGGAUAAAGCAAUUAUAAAUAAAUGGGAUGAAAUUAACUUAAAGGUUCUUAGUCAGAAAAGUAUAAUAUAUACUAAAAUGCCAGAAUAAUCUACUUGCAGAAAGCAACUUACUGUAAUAAAGACUGAAUUUCCUGAUGUUUAUUUAACUUAAACUUGUAAAUCAAGUUAGCAUAGUCAGAGCUCACUUACAAAUGACUCAAGUAUUAAAAAAUAUUUUAAUCAUAAUUUGCAGUUAGAGAACAAAACAACUGAGAGUGAGAUGGCAAAAUACAGAAUAGGAGAAAAUAUUUCCAAGGUUAACAUCCAAGGCUCAGGAUUAGGUGUAAGGCUAAGCAGAGUAUGUGCUUAACAUAUACAUAAACCCUGGCUGAAUUGAAAAUCCCGGUACAGCCAUGCUGAAAGAAAAACAUAUAUACAUAGAAUGAAUAAACAAAGCUUGUAACUUUAAAACAAUAAAUAAUUUACUUAAUAAACAGAAAAAAAUUAAUAAAAAUUUCUCCAGGGAAAAUAUAUAGACAUUGUCAAGCACACAAAAACUGUUCCAUCUCUCUCUACUCACUAGAGAAAUGGAAGUCAAAACAAGAUAAAAAUGUAGAUACAUAUCCAAGCACAGUGGUACAUGCCUUUAAUACCAGCACUCAGGAAGCAGAGGCAAAUGGAUCUCUGUUAGUUCAAGGUCAGCCUGGGCUAUAAGUGAAAUCUAGAAUAGCCAGAUCUGCAUAGCGAGACCUGGUCCCAAAAACCAACCAAACAAACAAACAAACAAACCAGCAAAGAUUCAUAGCCUUUAAGAUAUCUGCCAACAAAACAAAACAGCAGGAAACAGAUGUUGCUAAGGAUGAACAACUGGUAUCACUGGGCACAGCUGGUGGGAUAUCAAAUACUGAGGGCAGUGAGGAAGAAUGUGAGGCUCCUCAGAAAACUAAAAAAGUGGCUGCCACGUGAUCAGCACACUGAGUGCUGAAAGAGUGGGAAGGAGUGCCUUCAAGGUGUGCCUGCCCCCGCUCUCCACAGCACUGCUCACAGCGCAGAUGUACGACAGCUCAGAGGCCACAUAGAGCAGUACGGGCAGUGAUGGAGUAGCUUAUAAAAAUGUUUUUCUUCCUUAAUCAUUCCACUCAUUUACAUCUCCUAUGAUACUCCACUUCCUGGUUACCUCUCCACCAGCCCUUCAUCCCACAUCUGCCCUCCCCUUUGCCUGUAUGAGAGCCCUCCCCCACUCACCCACCCACAUGCUCCCGCCCCACUGCUCCAGCAUCCUCCUACCCUAGGACAUCAAACUUCCCUGGGACCAAGGGCCUCCCCUUCCCAUUGCUGUCAGGCAUGGCUGUCCUCUGCUAUAUAUGUAUCUGGAGCCAUUGAUCCCUCCAGGUACACUCCAUGGUUGGUGGUCUAGACUCUGGGAGAACUGGGUGGUCAGGCCAGCCUAUGUUGUUCUUCCAAUGGGGUUGCAAUCUCCCUCUGAUCCUCCAGUUCUUCCUUCCACCAGCUCCCCCACCGGGUUCCCUGAGCUCAGUCUGAUGCUUGGCUCCAAGGAUCCACAUCUGCUUUGGUCAGUUGCAGGCCAGCCCUCCUCAGGAACUGCCACACUAGGUUCCUGUCAGCCAGCACCUCUUGACCAUGGCAACAGUGUUGGGUUUGGUGACUGCAGACAUGAUGGAUCCCCAGGUGGGGCAGUCCCUAGUUGACCCUUCCUUCAGUCUCUGUUCCAUUUUUUGUCCCUGUUCUUCCUUUGGAGCCAUAAGGAAACCUUGGCUUGUGCUAGAGCAUGGACGAACCUUGGGGACAUUAUGCUACAGUUGUAUGGUCACUAAGGGACAAAUGCUGUGCAAUUCCGAUUGCAUGUGACAUCUAUUUAAUCAAAAUAAUGGGACAAAUGGCACAGUUGCCAGGAGCUGAGAGGGGGAAGUGAAGAACUGUUAUUUUAGGGAGGAAGAGUUUCAGAUCCUGAGUUCUGCUAAACAAUAGUAUGAAUCAACAAGCUAUACCUGAAACAAAUAGUAAAUUCUGGGCAAGCAGUAAAUUCUGUUAUUUUUAACUAUAACUUUUAAAGACAUUAAAAGAUAUUUGUGACCCAAGCCAAGAUAAAGACCACUCUGACAAGACUUAAAACCUCAAGCAUGGAGCAGACCCCAUGUUCAGGCAGCCCCACACUCUCACCUGUAACUCCUGUGACUUAUGCACUUGUUCCUGCUUGAUGGUGUUAAUCAUGCUUUCUUUUACAUCAUCCAAUAUAGAGUAUAAACUGUCAAAUUCUUCAUCUAAUUCUGAAAGUAUGUUGGAAGAAUUUUCCUGUUUUUACAAAACAAAGCAAAGAUUUUACUAAAGAGUCAUACAGCACAUAAAAACUAAAUGCAUAAACAAAGGAAAGAAUAGAUGCAUAUCUUAAACUACCUUACUCUAAUGGAGUGGUUCUCAACCUCCCUAAUGCUGCGACCCUUUAAUACAGUUCCUUGUACUGGUGAUCUGGAAUCAUGAAUUAUUUUGUUGCUACUUCAUAACUGUAAUUUUGCUACUGAUACCAAUAGUAAUGUAAAUAUCCGGUAUUCAUCUACCUCUUCAACCAAGUCCUAUCAUUGGCAUCUGCCUCAUUAUGUACAGUAAAAGAAAUGGUUUGUUCUCCACUACUUGGAAGAGGCACCAUUAGCUCUUAAUUGGAAUUAGUAAAGAAAACCACCCACAGAAAUGAGCAAGUCUUUAAUACUUGCUCCUAAUCACGGUGUCCUGGCCCCAAGCCCUUGCUCUCCUGUGUAGAAUGCAGAGAUGACUCAGGAAGCUAUUUGACUCUUCUGUCCUCUGAAGACCUGGCUGCACUACAUUAUCCUCUAAAGUCGAUGCCCUGCUACUUAUAUGAUAUUACUUAGCAAUCAUUCAACUAUACAUUUAUUGAUAGAAAUAUUCAUACCUGAACUCCUUUCAGUGUGUGGUUUAGUGUAUCAAUAAAGUUCUGAAUCUCAUCAUUCUUAUUUGCCAGAGUUGAAAUGAUUCUUUGUAGAGCUUCCUAGGAUUUAAAACAAAGUAUUAUCUUCUCAUAAAAAAAAAUUUAAAUCCCCUAACAACCAUUCUCUAGAGAACCUACACAAGCACUGCAGAGCGUGACGCACAGGAGCACUGCGCAGAGCGUGACGCACAGGAGCACUGUAAAGCUUCCCUUCCCUUUCUCAAAACCUAUGAUUACACAAAAUGGGCUGUGUACUUGUCCUCUUUUUAAACUAGGUAACUAAUUUAAUUUAAUAUUAUUAAAUUAAUUUAACUAUGUAAUCUAAUGUUGUUCAAUUCAUGUUAAUGACAUUUUCGAAGACAAAUGCAUUCUCUGUAUGUGGCCCCUAGCCACAUGAAGCUUUCCAGAAGGACCACUCAUUGCCUAGAAUUAAUCAUCACUGUCCAGAAAUGUGGGAGCACAACUGAGGAAAUACAUUUACUGCUCACUUUUCAUUCCAGAUAUGUAUGUAAUAUACUUUGAUGAUAUCUUCCCACUUAGUUAAUUUUAAUGUUCAGAGCUAUGUAUGACCUGCAUUGCCACAGUGAACAGUACAGCUCUAAUUGCCUAAUAACUUCACAAGUAAUAAUGAGGGAAACUGCAGUGAAAACCAAAUGUAAGUACUCUUCCUGCAUAACGUUUCCCAGAGAAGGUACCUCUAAGAACCUGCAUGCUGAACUAUUGGUAAAGCCUAUAAAAUUUCAUAGGAUCAAGGUUCUUUUCAACAUACACUUGGACAUGGAUAAAGAGGUUAUAUAUAAAAUACUUAGGAAGUGAAGUAAGAGGACAAUCCAUGUAACAUUAAUGCAAGUUAAAAACAAUCCCAACAAAUGUCAUCUAAUUCUCACAAUCCCUGGAGCUAAGGAGCCAUUGUCAUCCCUGCGCUCAACCAAGGGCUUUCUGCUUUCUUCAUUCACCCACAUGACUUCCUAUGCUCAUCUCGGUGCUAUUUUAAAACAAUACAAUGACGUUAUGCUAGGAAAAGGACUAUAGGCACCAAAAGUUAGCCUUGAACCUGUCUGUGCUCUUCCCAGAAAUAUGUACAGAUCAGAAUGGCAUCAGCAGUCAGAACUCUGAAGAAGGGCAGGCAUAGUUAGAGGUGUCACGGUGCAUCACGUCUCUUCUGAAAAGACGUAAAAAGGAGAUUCAGGUAUUCCACGUAUGUGUCCAAGUCAGGCCCUCCAGGUAUGUAAAGCAGCACAGUCAAGAGUAUGAACAUUACUACACCAUCCUCUGGCUUUUACGGGAGAGGCCAAAUAACAUGACCUGGUUCUUUCUGGUCAACGGACAGCUUCUGACCCUCAUAAGGGCAAGUGCUAUAGCUUAGUCCUGCAUGCUCCUUAAAGACCCUUUCUUCAAAGCUGUCCCCCAGAGUGGCAUUACUGGAAGAAGGUGGAAUCAUUAAGUGGAGGCUAGUGGAUCACAGGGGUGUACUCUUUUUUUUUUUUUCCUUUUUUUCCGGAGCUGGGGACCGAACCCAGGGCCUUGCACUUCCUAGGCCAGCGCUCUACCACUGAGCUAAAUCCCCAACCCCCAGGGGUGUACUCUUGAAGGAAGGACCUCAAUCUCUUCCUCUCUCUUCUCUCCUCAGCUAUGGAGUGAGUUCUGCUUCAUCACAUGAUCCAUGUCAUGAUGGUCCUCCACACAAGACAUAAGGCAAAAGGGCCAAAGACAACCAGGAACUAAAGCCCAUGAAACUAUGAGCUCAAAUUAACCCUCUUCUUAGAUAUUUGCUGCAGCAAGGGAAAGCCGCAUUCAUCCAUCCUACACAAGACAAGAAAGUGGAGACUUCACUAGCUAGUCACAUUCCAAAGUCCAUGCCCUCAACCACUUUAGAAUACAGUCUCUAAACCCAAUUAAUUUGUGUCAUCUGGUAUAACCAUAUGAUGAAGUUAAUAUCCUUUAAUAUUUGGCUUGUUAAGUUUUUAAAGGCAUAGACAGUUUGUAGAAAUUCCAUAGUAGAGACUCAUAAUUGAACUUAAGCUCUGUUCACUGGCAAGCACAUAUAGCAAACUGCAGGGUCAUUUAAAGAUGCUGACACUGCACCAGAACAGAGACAGAAGAAUCUUCAAGACUCUCUUAGUCUAAGGAAAAGAAGUGCCAGGUCCCCAGGGACGCAGCCCAAUAACAGUUUCAAUGAUCAGGAUCUGUGGGUGCUCAAUAAACACCGAAGCAGUGUACACAGAAGGAGCAAAUCUCUCCGAGCAAGAACACUCCAACACAACGCUUCUGCUUCUACCUAAGCUUAGGAGCCAACUGUAAGCAUUUGUAGUAAGAACUCUGGGGACAAAGGCAUACUGCCUUGGCUUUAUGAGUGGUGAGAUCCAUGGACUUUUCUAUAAAGAGCUUGCUUUUUAAAGCUUCCAUUAUUUACUGACUAUAGGCAAACACACCUAAACAUUCUAAUUUUUAUUAUGUCUUCAUAAGAAUUCUUCUACAACAUUAUGAGUUACCCACCGACUUUUGUCUAAUAAUGACGUCAGGAGUCUGAGUGCAGCCUUUACCAACUGCAGUGUUCUCCUUCUUAGGGUGGUGCUGGCCAACAGAAAUACAGUGUGAGCCAAUAGCAACCACACCACAAAAGCAAAGAGAAGCAGGUGAAUUCAUUGUGGCAUUUUACUAUAUCAUUCUAACUUAUAGUAAAUGUUCAAUCAUUAUAUAGCCUGGUAUGGUGACACACACCUGUAGUCCCUGCUACACAGGUAGCAGAGGCAGUGAGGACUGCUUGAGUCCAAGAAUUCAAGGCCAGCCUGCAUAGAACAACAUAGUAUGAUACCAAUUUUAAAAACAAACUUUAAAAAAAGUUUAUCUGUUUUUUUAAAAAAGUAAAAAAGUAUUACUACAUCUUUAAAAUCUAAUGUGUGUUUUCAGUUUCCAGCGUAUCUCAAUUCAAUUAGCCUCAUGUGUCUAGAAGUUAGGCAAUACAACUUUACAGACCUACAUCAUGAGAGCAGUCCUUAAUUUCCUAAGAGUAGAAAGAAUUCAUCUAUUGAUACAAUUAAUUUGGAAUUAAAAAUAAACCAUCUAAAUGUUUCCCAUCUAAAUGUUUUUCUUGGAUAAGUACAUUUUCUGUAUGUGCUUAUACCAUGCUGGACUGUUGAAUUCUAACAGCCUUAUGUGGAUAUAAGUGGAAACAGUCAAACUAUGUUUCUUUACCAGAGCUUCAGAGUUCACUAAUUUCUAAGUUUUUAUGUGUGUAAUUCCUCCCACUAGAUUAUAAAUACUAUAAAGUUAUCAACUCCCGAGAGAAAGAGAAAAGGAAGAGGCGCAGACGCACCACUACUCUCUGACCCUAAAGAUCACACCGAGGUGGGGAAUAAACGUACUCUGCCAGUAAAACGCACACUGCUCACCAAUAUUACUCAAUGGAGAGCAGUUUGGGGAGACAACAAAGUAAAAACAGAAACUGACAAAAAUACGACUGUACCCAGGGACAGAUGUCAUGUGAGUUGCCAAACGCAAAGGCCCAGCAGUAUAGUGCCUAUUUUGUAUCAUCUGUUCAAUACCGCCAACACUUUAGACUACAAUUCAUCUUUAGAUUUUACCGUUUCCAUUUAAUUCAUCUAAAAUUCUUGCUAUUAUCAACACAAGAAUCAAAACCUUAAAGACCCCUUUCAAACUGUACUGGUCCAGGAGGUGCUGCAGCAGCUGUUCCAAUGCUUUCUGGAAAGCAGUUCUACCAUUGUGGUGCUAGAACAGAACCUCUGUGCUAAUGGCAGGCACUGUCUAAAAAUACCACACUCUUAUCAGGAAACUGUUGGAAGAAAGGCCAUUAAAGGUUGGAAGAGUAUUUCUGGAAAAGUCUUAUCAUCUGAUGACAGACCUCUUCAGGCUUCCAUUUAACUGAACAUGGAUGUCAGUGCAGUGGAAGGACAGGAGCAGAGUCAGCUUACAGGUGGGGCUAUAAGGACCUAAGGAAGACCAGGUGACAAGUGUUUUGUAGCCCUGGCUUUGAAACACACUGAGAUGUGAAAACAGACAAGCCAGCUCUGAUAGGACACUGGAGCCUUUGAAUUUAAGGUCACACUGAUUUUCAAAACUACUGUGAGUUUUGGGGUUUUUGUUUUAGACUUAUUUAUUUAUUUAUUUAUUUAUUUAUUUAUUUAUUUAUUUAUUUAUUUAUUUUUAUGAAUUUGAGGGGUUUGCCUGACCACAGAGGCCAUAUGCCCAGAAGUGUAGAAGAGGAUGCUGGAUCCUUUGGAACUAGAAUUACAGACAGCUGUAAACUAGCACGUGCGUGCCACAAACCAAACUAUAGUCCUCUACAAGAGCACUAAGUGUUCUUAAGCACUCAUUUCUCCAGCUCUGUGAUGGUUAAUUUCAAUUAUCUAUUUGAUACAAUCUAGAAUCACCUAGAGAGGAAUCUGAAUGAAGGACUGUCUAGAUUAACUUGGCCUGUGAGCAUGUCUAUGGCGGGUUAUACUGAUUAUAUUAAGUGACACAGGGAGACUUAGCCAUUGUGGGUGGCACAACUGCAGGGUUGGUAAUAGAGCGAGCUGACCACUAGUCUAUAGGAUACAUUAACCUACGGCUCUCUGCUCUUGACUAUGGGUGUCACGUGACAGCUGUUGUAAGCUCCCACUACCUUGACUUCCCCAUAACGAUGGACUGCAAAGUACAGAAUUGUGGGUUAAAUGAACCAUUUCCUUUUUUUUUCCAUCUUUAUUAACGUGAGUAUUUCUUAUUUACAUUUCGAUUGUUAUUCCCCUUCCCGGUUUCACAGCCAACAUCCCUCUAGCCCCUCCCCUCCCCUUCUCUAUGGGUGUUACCCUCCUCAUCCGCCCCCCAUUACCACCCUCCCCCCCAACAAUCACGUUCACUGGGGGUUCAGUCUUGGCAGGACCAAGGGCUUCCCCUUCCACUGGUGCUCUUACUAGGCUAUUCAUUGCUACCUAUGAGGUUGGAGUCCAUGUAUAUAGUCUUUGGGUAGUGGCUUAGUCCCUGGAAGCUCUGGUUGGUUGGCAUUGUUGUUCAUAUGGGGUCUCAAGCCCCUUCAAGCUCUUUCAGUCCUUUCUAAGAUUCCUUCAACGGGGGUCCCAUUCUCAGUUCAGUGGUUUGCUGCUGGCAUUCACCUAUGUAUUUGCUGUAUUCUGGCUGUGUCUCUCAGGAGAGAUCUACAUCCGGCUCCUGUCGGUCUGCACUUCUUUGCUUCAUCCAUCUUGUCUAAUUGGGUGGCUGUAUAUGUAUGGGCCACAUGUGGGGCAGGUUCUGAAUGGGUGUUCCUUCAGACUCUGUUCUAAACUUUGCCUCCCUACUCCCUCCCAAGGGUAUUCUUGUUCCCCUUUUAAAGAAGGAGUGAAGCAUUCGCAUUUUGGUCAUCCGUCUUGAGGUUCAUGUGUUCUGUGCAUCUAGGGUAAUUCAAGCAUUUGGGCUAAUAGCCACUUAUCAGUGAGUGCAUACCAUGUGUGUUCUUCUGUGAUUGGGUUACCUCACUCAGGAUGAUAUUUUCCAGUUCCAUCCACUUGCCUAUGAAUUUCAUAAAGUCAUUGUUUCUGAUAGCCGAGUAAUAUUCCAUUUUGUAGAUGUACCACAUUUUCUGUAUCCAUUCCUCUGUUGAAGGGCAUCUGGGUUCUUUCCAGCUUCUGGCUAUUAUAAAUAAGGCUGCUAUGAACAUAGUGGAGCACGUGUCUUUGUUAUAUGUUGGGGCAUCUUUUGGGUAUAUGCCCAAGAGAGGUAUAGCUGGGUCCUCAGGUAAUUCAAUGUCCAAUUUUCUGAGGAACCUCCAGACUGAUUUCCAGAAUGGUUUUACCAGUCUGCAAUCCCACCAACAAUGGAGGAGUGUUCCUCUUUUUCCACAUCCUUGCCAGCAUCUGCUGUCACCAGAGUUUUUGAUCUUUGCCAUUCUCAAUGGUGUGAAGUGAAAUCUCAGGGUUGUUUUGAUUUGCAUUUCCCUUAUGACUAAGAUGUUGAACAUUUCUUUAGGUGUUUCUCAGCCAUUCGGCAUUCCUCAGCUGUGAAUUCUUUGUUUAGCUCUGAACCCCAUUUUUUAAUAGGGUUAUUUGUCUCCCUGUGGUCUAACUUCUUGAGUUCUUUGUAUAUUUUUUUGAUAUAAGCCCUCUAUCUGUUGUAGGAUUGGUAAAGAUCUUUUCCCAAUCUGUUGGUUGCCAUUUUGUCCUAACAACAGUGUCCUUUGCCUUACAGAAGCUUUGCAGUUUUAUGAGAUCCCAUUUGUCAAUUCUGGAUCUUAGAGCAUAAGCCAUUGGUGUUUUGUUCAGGAAAUUUUUUCCAGUGCCCAUGUGUUCCAGAUGCUUCCCCACUUUUUCUUCUAUUAGUUUGAGUGUAUCUGGUUUUAUGUGAAGGUCCUUGAUCCACUUGGACUUAAGCUUUGUACAUGGCGAUAAGCAUGGAUCGAUCUGCAUUCUUCUACAUGCUGACCUCCAGUUGAACCAGCACCAUUUGCUGAAAAUGCUAUCUUUUUUCCAUUGGAUGGUUUUGGCUCCUUUGUCAAAAAUCAAGUGCCCAUAGGUGUGUGGGUUCAUUUCUGGGUCUUCAAUUCUGUUCCAUUGGUCUAUCUGUCUGUCUCUGUACCAAUACCAUGCAGUUUUUUAUCACUAUUGCUCUGUAAUACUGCUUGAGUUCAGGGAUAGUGAUUCCCCCUGAAGUCCUUUUAUUGUUGAGGAUAGUUUUAGCUAUCCUGGGUUUUUUGUUAUUCCAGAUGAAUUUGUAAAUUGUUCUGUCUAACUCUCUGAAGAAUUGGGUUGGUAUUUUGAUGGGGAUUGCGUUGAAUCUGUAGAUCGCUUUUGGUAAAAUGGCCAUUUUUACUAUAUUAAUCCUGCCAAUCCAUGAGCAUGGGAGAUCUUUCCAUCUUCUGAGGUCUUCUUCAAUUUCUUUCUUCAGUGUCUUGAAGUUCUUAUCAUACAGAUCUUUCACUUGCUUGGUUAAAGUCACACUGAGGUAUUUUAUAUUAUUUGGGACUAUUAUGAAGGGUGUCGUUUCCCUAAUUUCUUUCUCGGCUUGUUUCUCUUUUAUGUAGAGGAAGGCUACUGAUUUAUUUGAGUUAAUUUUAUACCCAGCCACUUUGCUAAAGGUGUUUAUCAGGUUUAGUAGUUCUCUGGUAGAACUUUAUCAUAUCAUCUGCAAAUAAUGUUAUUUUGACUUCUAGAUGAACCAUUUCUUAAGCUGCUUUUGUCAUGGGAUUUUUAUCACAGCAACAGGAAAGGAAUCUAAUACAGCUACUGAGCACACUAUAUACUGCAGAAGAAGCGAACUCCUAGAUCAAUAACAGAAACCCAAAGAAAUCAAUGUGACAUUGGCAGCUAAUGCACAUAAGUGCUUCUAUAUUUAAUAACCUGAAAGUCCUCCAAGGGCCGACUGCUAAGAAAAGGGUCCAGAAUCUCUGAAUCCACCUGACCUUUAUCUGUGUUAUGGAGAGGCCAAGUGACUGCAAAGAGCUCUGGUCAAUAGCUUAUACUUAGUGUAAUAACCAAGUCCAGGUUCCUCAGGAAGUAUUGAGAACUAAGUUAUGAAGGGCACCAGUGGGUCUAACCAUUCCAAUCCAAGGAUAGGACUUGCUAAUCCAGGGUGGGAUGACAGAACCACAGAAGAACCUGGAGCGCAGCAGAACAGAAGACAAGUUACAAGUAAUCAAAGUAUUGACGAUCAACUAUAACCAUCUCCAAAAUGUACUUUAAAAAUCCGUAAAAGAUAAUAAUGUAAGCGGCAUUUGGAAACUCAACCUUAAUGUGCGUGUCAGACAAGGGUGCUCUCCAGGGUGCAGGGCCCAGGGAAGAGGUGAUACAGGAUAGCGUGUGACUGCUCUGGGACAUGUGCUGGGUAAGAGCAGGCUGAAUGAGUGCCAAAGCAGCAGGGUCUUCAUUUGUCUGUUUGUUUCUAGUAAUUUCUAAGUAGACCAAGCAGUGUGUCAGGGCAGAUAUAAAUAUAUUCUGUAUCCAACUACCUUAGGUGAUCCCCCCAGAAUUUCAAAUUUCAUCACUAGUUGAAGUGGAAAGUUCUGGUUUCUUUGGAGACUCAGUUGUGUUGUGUGAUGUUUCUCUGGAAACUGUCUUAUGAGAGGGUGUUUUUGCUGAUGCAGACAUGGGAGGAUGUUUUGUUGAGAACAGACAUGUGGUGUUUUCCUGGAAGUAGCCUGGAGAAAGGGCAUGUGAUAUUUUGAGUCCUUGACAGGACACAGGAUAUUUGGAAAGGAUGUAAGUAUAACCUGGCAGACAGUGGGACACUGUGUUGCACUGGUUCACCCUGCCCCCUCUGCUGGGCUUUGCUGGGCUUUGCUGGGCUUUGCUGACGAUGCUGUGGCGUUGGUUCACCUUGCCUUCUUCACUGGUCAUUGUUUGUCAUGACUGCAGAGAGAAACACACCAACGAACUUCUCAUUCUGGCAGCUUCUUGCUGUUUCCACAGACCUGGACCAACCAGCAGAGCUCUGCUGUUUCUUCUGGAUCAAACUGCCAUUGCUGAUUCGUGAACAGUGUUUGUCAGUGGAUUUGUGUAAACUCAACUUCUGACAUCCUGACAAUGAAGAUUGGAAUUGUCCAAAAACUAUUUCUAAGCAGAUCCAUAUCCCCCUUUUCCCUGACAGCCUUUCCUUUCCACUAUCACUGGUGGGUGGUGGGCUAGAAGUGAAGUUAAAGUGUUUAAGAACCCAUAUUAAAGUAGGUUUUGAAAAAUCUAAGCCUAUAAACAGUUUUCAUAACAAGAACACAAAUUAACUGGCAAGGGUGUGGUAGACACUGGGCAGGGGGAGACCCAGAGCUUUCAGGCAGGAGCCUUUCCUCUGAGCUUCCUACCUGAAAUCUCACUUGGACAUCUCAAAAGCCCUUCAAAAUUCAACAGGUCAUCAUUAUCUUCCCUCACUGACUCGUGGGCCAUUCUUAUGUUCUACUUCCAUAAAGGGCAGUGCAAUCCAAAAAUCCAAAAACUUCAUCUCCCAACAUUUCCUCCCCUCUGACUUAUAACCUGCAUGCAGCCACCGAGUUCUACCAUGUUUACAUCCUAAGCAGUGAUAUAGUUACUAACAACCCUAGUAUACAUCACUAUCAUGUCUCAGUCUAUAGCAAAGCCCAUGCUCAACCUCUGAUUCAUUCUUUCUUCCCAAUGUUUUUAUUUUUCAACUAAAGCAAUAGGACACCAACACGCCUCUCAGCCACUAUCCCAGUGCUUCCUGUAUAAAGUAAAACACGCUCAACACAGCAUCCAAAGCCAACUUGGUCAUUCCACGGCCUACCUCAGCUGCUUUAAUUACAACUUUCUUGCUCUUCUCUCAGUUGUAUAGACUGUUUUGAGUUUCUCCAAUGAGGCCUCUUUCCACCUGGGAGCCCUCACAUUCAUAACUACAGUUCUAAGACAUACACUACGUGCUGGUUAAACAAAGGUUACAGGAUGAGCACUGUGGUGUCUGUGACACUGUCCCGGCUUCCUGGUGAAGGAAGGCACUCAUGGUGAAAACUGUUUACCGGCACCAUGAAAGGUGCCUACAAGGAUCUGGGAUUCGUGUCAGGUCUCAAGCCUCCAGUUACCUUCCAAAUAUUACUGGAUAUCAUUAUAAAUAUUAAUAGAUAAAGACCAUAUAAAGUCACUUGGGAGUUCAUUUGAAAACUAUGUUUUGUAAAGCAGGCAGUAAUAAGUAACAGUUCUAAAUAGGUAGGAAAAGAGACUCUGAUAAAUGCCAAUUAUGCCAGGUCAUGACAAAACACACAGAGCAAAUGUCUCCAGAGAUGUGAACUCUAGCUGCUGUGUGUGUUCAUACAGCACAGUCACCAAACCUCAAAAGUCCACGUCAUAAGAGACAAGCUAUCAAUUAUUUGACUGUGAAUUUAGAAUAACACAACUGCUAAGCCAGCAAUACAAAGAGGGCUUUAUACACCCUAGCCAAAUGCAAUUGCCACCAUUUCCAGACUGGAUCAAUGUAAUCUUGGAUGAACCAAGCCUAAAACAUUUUCUUCACGGUAAUCCAACUUAUGUGUGUAAUCCCAAUGAAUGGUGAAGUAAAAGCACACUCAGUAGCCUGGACAAAUGGACAGUAACACUUCCAUACUGUCAGAGCCAAGGCCGGCUUAAACUGUUUACAUCUUAGUUCAGUUAGUCUUUUCAAGACUCUUAUAAAUGGCACUGGACUCAUUAUUAGGAGCUCUGGAUGCUCUUUCAGAGAACCCAGGUUCAAUUCCCAGCAUCCAUUUGACUGCUCACAGCUGUCUGUCACCGCAGUCCCAGGAAAUCUCCACCCUCUUCUGGCCUCCUCAGGCCUCAGGCAUACACAUGAGCACAGACAUACAUUCAAACAAAACAGCCAUACACAUUUUAAAUCAAGAAUCUUAUAAGAUAUUAAUAUUAUCCUCAUUUUCCGAAGGAUGACGAAAUUAAAGUAGAGUGUGUAGAGGCUCAGAAUUAAUAUGCCGCAGAGGCAGGAUUCAGAUGAAGCAGUUACUACACUGUGCUGUCUGAUACAGAAAAGAUCAGAGGUUAUGAGGAGUCGGAACAUCUCAGAGCAUCACAAACUAAGACUGGGCUUCAAAAUUACCAGGAAACCCCUGGAGUGAGAGGCAGAUCCUGCUCACACACACCACCUACAGAGGGACAGCACCUCCUGUUUCACACAUGGCUGGUACACGCCAGAGCUUGCAGUCUCAAAGCAGUCCACCACCAUGGCAGAAAGGCUGAACAGAGGACACUGCUCACCGCCAUGACCAGGAAGCUGGAGUAAGUCCAGUAACCUGAAGACCUCCCCCAAGGCUCUCCCCCACAAUGUCACCCACUGGGGAAUAGUCUUUAACACGGGGCUGUGGGAGACUUCCCAGACCCCAUCCACACUACCCUGUGUGUCAGUCAUUUGUACACUGGAAUCUGAGCUCACCACUUUGAAACGGCAUUGUUCUAACUAAUGUGCUCCAGCAACAUCUGAUAACUCCAAUGCUGAGUCUUAAUUUAGCUGCAGCCAAUAGCAACAGCAACAACAACAAAACUCUGCCAACUUGGGCCACUUAUCUAAAAUCUACCCGGGGUAACAAGUCUGCCAGGAUGAUGCAUUAACUUCCCGCUUCUAGAACAAAUGACCUCAAAGCAUCAGGCCCAAGUUUCACCUUACACCAUGGAUCCUCACCCAUGUGGCAUGAUUAGGAAACACACACACACACACACACACACACACACACACACACACACACACACUCAGGCUUUUCUGUCAGACCACAAGACAUCUGGGACAAAUUCUACAUUUAUAACAGUUAGGGCAUACAAAACUAGAACCACUGUGAAAACCACUAACACCCAUGCAAUGUAAAGAGGCCAGUGUGCUCUUAAUUCAGACAAACUAUUUAGUAAGCAUGUCCAAUGUCAUGAGUAUUUUUUAAAAAAUCAUUGUAAGGGCUGUCAACAAUCUAUGGUUGCAGAAGUAUUUUAGACGUUAACUUGAUUUAGGUCAUGCAGCUAUCAACCAUCAGACCAACUCUAAUCCAGGUACUUGUUUAAGGAGCAUCAGCUUUUACACUUGUGUAAACUACUGCCACUAUUGGGGCUGGAAGACAAGGUUUUAGUAACCAGAGCAAAGGGAUCAGUGAGUCUAGCUGCUGCCAGAAUGGCACCUCUUCUAUCACCUCAGACCUUGGUCCUCCUCUGAAUUACAUAAAAAGAGUUGAAAAUUAGAGAACCUCAUCCAGCAGGUAGGCUAUGACAUAAGUCCUACCAGGUGAGUAUUAUAGCUAUUGCAAACAUUAACAAGAGUGUUUGGUCCAGGCAUGAUGCAAGAAGGUAAGAAAGGAGAACUGAGAUGUCAGGAAUCUGGCAAUCAUAACUAACUGGCAGGGAAGCUCAGUGAGCAGCUGUGAGUAGUAUUGAAUGUAAAUGUAAGAUUGAAUUGAUUGGGGGUUGGGGAUUUAGCUCAGUGGUAGAGUGCUUGCCUAGCAAGCGCAAGGCCCUGGGUUCGGUCCCCAGCUCUGAAAAAAAGAAAAGAAAAAAAAGAUUGAAUUGAUUGAACCAACAAUCAAUUCUGGUCAUUUGAUUUAUCAACUGGGAGAAUUGCUUAAUACUUGUAAAUGAACCAGCAGGAUGAAGCCUGCCUUUCUAUCCUGAACUGGGUAUGAUCGGGAGUCAGAAGAAGAGGAGGUAGUCUCCCAUCUAGGAGGUAGGGAAAGUAAGCAUGUGAGAGACUGAAGAGGUUUUACUCGUGCAGAGAACUGUUCCACCCCAUGGUGUGAGAGGUAAGAUGGAGCCAACACUCCCUAGAGCACUAGGGGGAGAGGCUAAGUAAGCAUAAGCACUGUUGAAUGCUAUUGAGAACCUUAGUUUUAUGUUGAGUUUCUUUAAGUCUGUAUUGUAAAUAUCCCAUCAAGUUUUUUCUGUCAGUAUGUUAAACUACCAAGGGCACCUGUUCAGGUCUUUGAGUAGCAGUACACAGCCUUCCCUUACAGCAGGUGUCCUCUCUCUGGCACCAGCCAGACUGCCCUCAUGGUAGCUUAGCUGUUUUGGAUACUUUACAAUUACUGGGAGAAUGUUUGGCUGAAAGUGUCGAUACACCUAAAGCCAGGACUCCUGCUCCAGGAGCCUUUUACUCCAGUCACAACCACUUCAGAAGCCUGGCCUGGCCUUGGGAAGCUUUGUGCCAGGAUUACAAACCUUGCUGGACUUCAGAUGACCUGGUAGCUCUUGUCACGCAAGAUGAAGGACAAGCACCCCCUGAGUGACAGCACAAGGCACUGACUGCUGAGGCUGGAAGCUGGUGUAAUGACUGGCAUGAACACUCUCCUUCAUUUCUAUGUCACAUCCUUCUCUCCACAGCUGCCCAGCAUCCUCCUGUGCUACCCCCAGUGGCAUGAAAAACAAUCGGUGGCCCUCCCAGUGGAGAUGGAGUGGCUGCCACCUCAUCAGCGACACCAAGAAGAUAGUGACAAGUCAAGACAGCAGCAGGAACAGCAGUGGCAGAAGUAAUGGCAGUAGAUGAUAACAGGUGACAGAAAUACAGAGAAAGUAGAAAGGCGAGGUGGUGGCCAAGAACACAAACACUAUUUUCUUGGGCACGCCUAAGAGCCUCUAAGCCUUGAAGGCUGAGGUCCUGAUAUGGGCAUCUCAAGAGCUAAAUCAUGCCACUACUGAUUCUAAGACCCCAGCACUAGACCUGUAAAAGCCGCUGUCCCUGGCUGCUGUUGACUGCUGUUCCCAUUAGCUACUGCUCAGAACUGAGGCUUUGACUGGAGGGCCACUGGCAAUCAGAGCCAGGGACAGUAAGCUUCUUACUUGAGCAUUCACAGCCAGAUGGCUCUGGCUCCUAAGGCCUAGGGCUAUAAAGCUCUAGUGUUCAAGGUUUGGAGCUAUAAGCCCCUGAGUCUGAUUGCCCCACAUAAGCCUUGGGCAUUCAAGGUCCCAGGCCUACAGCAACUAAGUACUUACCCAUUCCACAAAUCCAUCUGAGUAGAGCAAUAGCAUCCCUAUUGGCAAACAAAGCAAAAGAAAACAACCCACCACCAUCAAUAACAAACCACUCACCUAACAAGCAAACCAGGGUUCAAGGAGGAACAAGGAGAACCUAGAUGGAGACGCUCAAGCACUGUGGAUAGCAACACUGUCCCCAACAACCCUUCUGAAGAGCAAUGGGCAAUAGAGCUCAAGAAUUUUUAGUAACCGAUAAUUCCAUUUCUCCAAUAAAUGCCAAGUAGUUUAUUAAGAAUAGAGGCAGAGACUUGGCUACAAAAAUGUUUCUUUCAGUAUUAUUUAUUACAUUAAACUCUGGGACCAACAUAAACAUCCAACAGAAGGGCAGCAAUCAAGUAUAUUCAAGAAUCACACUCAUAUGAAAGCACCAUGCUGACUUGAUGCUAGGUGUGGAGACUGAGGAUACAUUGGAAGAAGAUGGAGAUAUAUUAUGAAAAGGUAGAUUGUAAAGCAGUACACGCAGUAUGAUACUGACUGUUAAGGUUCCAUUUGCAUAAAAAGCUGACCAGCAAAUCACAUGUUGAAUGUGGGUAUCUUCAAGGUUCAGAAUUAAAGGUGGCUUUACUUAUUUACUUACUUACUGAGAGCCGACAUUUCCUGCAAUAAAACUUGCAUUAUUUGUAUUUAUAAUCUAGCAGAGAUACAGACUGGCUUUGCUAAAAAUUACAUUUAACAAAAUAAAUAAUUGUACAUCAAAAUUAAAUCCCUAUCAGUCCACAAACAUCAGUGAUUACAUCUGAAUGCUGAGGCUGGAAAAACCAGCUGAGGUGAGAACACAGUGAAGGCUGCUGAGAAAUCCACCUGCCUCAGAAUAUGGUCAGUGUGGAGUAUCGGCACUAUAGCAAGCGUCCAAUAUGUGCUUACUGCAUGAAUAAUCCCAUUGACAUUCAGCCAAGCAUUGCAAAGAAGCACUGUUAAGACUUAAAAAAAAAAAAAGCCUGCUUCGUUACUGGUAUUUAGAAACUGCCAAGCUCAAUCAAAACACAAAGAUGCCUACGUGUGAGAAAAGAGUUCAUGGGCAUUCAUAUGGUGUUCACUGACAGUGCCCUUUAUGGUCUACAGCUCUACUUAGAGAGGCAAGAGUCCCACCCCGCCCUCCGAAACAGAGAAAGAGGUAAAGGGAGGGAGAUACUCACGCAGUACAGCGAUCUUACCUGAGGCAGCAAGGCAGACCAGAUGCCAGACUCUCCCUCCCUUAUGCUCUAUACCACUUACCAAAGCUUCACUACACAAGUAUCUCAAACAAGCAGAACUGACAACUGUACUGUGCUCUGUCCCUAGUAACGUUUUAUUUGUCUUCAAAAAUAUUUUUUCUUUUUAAUUAUGUGUAUGUAUGUGGGGAGGUGCACAUGCCUGCAGGUACUUGUGAGUCACCUGAUAUGGGUCCUGGAAUCAAACUUUGGUCCUCUUGCAAGAGCAGGAAGUGCUCUCAACUGCCAUCUCUCCAGUCCCUCACUGUUGGGACCUAAUAUUUUAAAUUUUAAUUACCUUGAUUGUUUCAGUAUUUAGAAGACAAGAAUUCAGGCCUGAAGGGAGGUAAUGGAAAAGCAUGGAAUAUGAAAAACAAAAACAAAAACAAAAAACCUGGUUUGAAUCUAAACUGUAACUUUCUAGCUGAGUGACUCUGCGAACUAUGUGAGAGUUUGAAGAGUCUGACACGGUACCGUAUGCACAAUACCCAGUGUUCGUUCACUCUUCUUCACCUUCCUUGAGAAACUUUUUCUUUUUUAAAUUGAAACAAGUAGCUAGGGAACACGGGUCAAUUGGCUAGCUACAGAUAUCCAACCGGAUAUGGAGUGAGUCUCUCAACUGUACAGCACGUGUCAGGAUUUAAGAGGAAACAGAUAAGACACAUGCAGAUGUCCCCAGUCUAGCUUUACCCUGUAGUAUAAUGGAGACCUCUGAGUCCCUAUCCAGGUAGGGAGAAUGUCCAGAAAAACAAUGGGGAAAGCACUCCACAAAGCAGGCCCCUCAUAGCAUCCUUCCUCUGCCCCACUCUCCCACCCUCAUUGCCGUAACAAGCACCUUUCCCAGAGACAGAAACCCCUGUGAAUACCAGUCAUCUGCACCAAAAUUUAACUUGCACUAUCAAAUUGAAAAGAAGUAGGAAGAGGCACAACUGUCUUAUUUGUCCGCACGUUGUCUCUGAAUGCACACAUUGAUGUCAUCAGGUAAAGAAACCUUCCCGAUUUUAUCUUAAAACCACGUAAGGACAUAUUCAAAAGGUCUGCGGAUCAAACAAAGCCACCUAUCCAUAACACAUCCUGCUCACAAAAGUGUCCCAGAAACUCUACAUAAACAAAAUCCCUCUGUCCAUUUCUAGGAGAUAAUACUGCUUCUGUAGCCUACAGUGUGCUCACACACCCACAGCGACUUCGUCUUCUUCCUCUACUGAAACAGAGCAUGUGUUGCUAACAAAACACUGAAGUUGUCUCCACAGACAGGAAAAAGCAUCCGGGGAAGCCGACCAGCCAGCAGCAAGCUUCUGUAAGACGCCCAGUUAAUGUCUUUAUCAUUGAUUGCCUGACUCACAACUCUCAAUCCUCUUUGUAUUAGGACUUAACAACUGUCUCUUGGCAUCACCAGCUGAAAUAAUUUCUUAAAGAUAAACAAGUAGAAAACACACCUUUAAAGAAGUCUAGAGUGGAUCUGAGAGGGAAAACAUGAUUUUUUUGAGGUUGAGCGUCUGCAAUUAACAAGAGCUCGCAGAUAAUACUGUUAGGUGGUUUUCCUGAAAUGGACUCUGUCCCCAUAACUCUUAAAGAGACAGCAGUGGUUGUUUCUAUUUUAUAGAUGAAGAAAUGGAGACUAGUGGCAAAUUAUCCAAGUUAUGAUGGCCCAUAAACAGUAUGACCAGAGAGCUGGCUCCUCUUAAUAACUCACAAUUCAAAUCCCAAGGCUGUCCUUGCCACUUACAGCAUGUAACUACUUUCUUGUAUAGACCCCGGUAUCAUUUCUGCUACCAUUUUAAUUGGAACAUUCUAUCACAGGAAACAGUCUUGAAAUCUCAUGCUAUGGGUGCACUACUGUCUUAGGUAAUAGACAAGAAUAACCAAUCAGUUCAUCACUAUUUGUAACAAGUCACUGACUCUACAGGAAACCAUAAGAAAAAUGAAGCUCAGAUUGACAGCAGGAGUUACAUUAGCACCAGAUAUCCACUGGAAGUCAUAGCACAAGCUCUCCUUGCCAGGAAGAUUACUGGGUACCUCCAACAAACUUUUAAUAAUCAAAAGUUGACUUUUCAGAGUUAUCCAACGUGAUGCAUUAGCACCAGUAAAAAGAACAGCUAAUUCUUGACUACCUCUGGGAAAACUACACAUGGUAUCCUGUGGGUGCACAAACACAUUGUCUGAAAUGAGAACAACCCAGUUCAAACCUUGUUUGUCCUUACAGCGCUCACAACGUCAAACGCUUGAUUCCUCAGCGUCCCUUGAUAAGAUGAUCUACACUGAAAGACCUUUAGCAUUUUACCAUGCAUGGGCUAUUUUAGUACUCAUUAUUCAUAAACUUUAAAAUACUGUUUUCCAAAUGGAGUAUUUUAUCCAGUUUUUAUAGUACUGUAUUCUUUAUUUCUACAGACAGACGAAAGUGUCAGAUGUGCUCUACAUAGGUAGCAAACAUACGGUAGGUACCCUGCCACUCAUCCUUCUGGAUUUCCCCAGUCACGUGCUCUUCCUUUGACCUUUGCUAAUGUCCAUUUAAAUAUCAUGUGCCUUUCCUCUAAUAAGCCGUGCAAUGUUUUAUGAGUUUAACAGAGAAUGCUUUAAAUUUAUACACAUUCAAAAGACACAAAACUUCUUGGAUAUCCUAGCAAUAUCUUUAAAAGAUACUAUAGUAUAGUUCUGGAAAUAAUAACUGGAUGUACCCAAAUGGGCUUCAAGGCAAGCAUGUACAAUAGGAUCAUGUGCGUUUCUGUUCAAUACUAUAUCACAUUACUCAUGCUUCCACAUCUCCAGAACUCCGCUGGAAGAUGAAUCCAGGUAAAAAAAUUACAGUUUUUCUAUAAGUCUUUCUGGUACUUUCUAUGCAAUAAUAAAAAGAAAAAUGGCCUCUUAGAAAUGCCCUUGUUUUUCCCUGCUGCAUUAUUAAUAACACUUGUUUUGUUUUUUCUUUCCUAUACAGGGAUGUAUUGCAACCACACUAUAACAUAACAAAGACAGUAAGGUGGCUUAUUUUUUUCUUUACAGGAAUUACUUGAUAUUAAAAUUCAAUUGCAAUUGUAUUCAGUACACUGGCUAUAUUUUACUUAAUUAAAAAGGCUACUCUGUAACUCUGUCCUUAAACUUGUUCUCAAAGUAUUAAACAUUCCAAAACAAGACCACUUGGGUAACUGACCAGCCUCACUAACAGACGGACAAGGGUGGGGCAGCGGCCCUGACAACUGCCUUUUUCCUCAAUUAGGCAAACACUGAGAUCUGCUUAUAAAUAAACCACUAGCAAGGCAGUGGGCAGAGGUACAAAGGAGAUUCGGUCCCCGGACCUACAGAGCAUGCUGAAGACAAGGUGGAAGAAAAGGACACCAGCUUAGGCGCAGGCGGGGAUCCCCCCACGCGAGGCUGAGCCCUGGUCCUCACUCCAACCCUGGAGGGACCCACCCUCGGAGCACGCCGCGGGCAGCGGGAAGAAAGGGGCCUAGCGCCCGCAGAGGGCGGCGGGGACCCGGGUGCGGCUCGCGGUUUCCUUCCCGCAGUACCCGCUCCCAGCCAAAAGCAGGACAGAGAUCGGCCAGGGUCCCGGGCGCGGCCACCGCACCCUGCGGGCGCUCAGGUUCGGUCAGGUCGGAUCGGAUCGGGUCGGGUGGGUCCCAGGCAGGGCCUCGCCCUCCGUCGCCCGGCCCGCGCGCCCCGCCCACCCUCUCGGCCGGGCGCUGCGCCCACCGCUUACUUUCUGCGAGUCCAUGACUAGAGGCUAAGCCCUCCGGACCAAACCAGUCACCGGAGCUGAGUGAGGAGCCGAAGGAGCCUUUGAGAGCCGCUAUCUCGGCCGUCGCCAGCCCUGUCCCGUCCCGCAGAGAUUCCGCCCGUCCGCGCCCAACCCGCGCGCGCGCCGCUGCCGAGCCGCGGUUGCCAGGGUGAAAGGGCGGCCCGCGGGAGGGUGGGGUGCGAGCGCGCCACGCAUGCGCGCAUGCGUGCGCUGGCACCCGCACGGGCGGAGAGGAUGGAGCGCUGUGUGUUCGCCUGCAUCUUCCUUCUGCAGCUGCUUUUUUCCUGGCAUCCUUUUUCCUGUGCCAUCGCUGUGGAACUUGCAGUGAGCCAUUGGUCACCCGCCAGGCCUGUGCAGAGGGCCUGGGAGGUAGUUCUUCUGAGGAUGCAUCCCUCAUCUGCAAAGUCGCUCCACUUAGCCUUGGUAGGCCAGGCCUGGCUAUCCAGAUGGAGGAAACACUCUAGGAUGGAGAGGCUGCGGAAAUGUGGGAAAGGGUCUUCAUGGGGCGUGGUGGAAACCUUAAAGGGCUCCAGAACAAGAGGUAGAAAGAAGUUACAGAAACGUGGGUAUGAGACCACAUCACAAGGGCUUUGUUGCCUGGCCAACCUUGCCCUAUUAGUACCUUGCUACCUCUUGAGUCUUUCUCUGUGGUCCUGUGUCAUCUAUGAAAUAAAAGAAGGAAUGCAGACCUUGUCGAGGACUGUACAGCUUAAAUCCUUUGUUUGAACUCUCCAGAACAUGGAGUAAAUGAGAGUGGGACAGCAAAUUAGAAUCUGCUCAGGACGGCCAGAGCUGGCACCACAGAUCAGAAAGCUUGGGAAGAAGACUUGAAAAGGUUCUCGAGAGAGACAGGCUUUCAUCUCCAUUUAGGUGACUCUAGAGAAAUCCAAGUGGGUGUUCACAUCCUAAUGGAAUAAAAGGGAAACGAGUAUCAGCAUUAGGUACCAGUUCAGCAGUUCUACACAAAUCCUCAGUGAAGAGGCCUGGUUCUCAAGAGCUUACAAUCUAAGGUGGGAAAUGACAGUAAGAACCAUGAGGCUGUUAGAUGAAAAGUUUGUAAGAGAAUCAGGGAGAAGGAGGGAGACAGAUUAGUGGGUAAAGCACAUAUAUACCGCAGGAGUAGAGAACAGAGUCUAUAUACCCAGAACCUGGUACCCACAUAAAAGCCAAGUGACCACAGACACACAGGUGCUCUCACUCGUGUGCCCACACAUUGGAAUAUCCUCACCCAAAGCACACACAUGAAAAAAUGAACAAA